AAAAUGUAGUCAUCAAGGUUUACAAAGCUCAUUCACAAAAUGUUCUUUCUUUGGUACAUUUUCUUGUUCUCCUCAAACAUUUCUCCCAUAAUCGGCGAAAGCAAUUUCAACGUUUCUUUAAGUCAGGACACAAAGGAAAAUAUCACUGCGCUGAUUGAUAGAUUCAAAGAAGUUUGGGCCUUUGAUGACUGGAAAAAUCUAGGUGUAUUUACCGAAGAUUACAUUCUAGACAUCAAUUUCCAUUGGCUCAAAUAUGACCCUCCUAGUAAUAUAUGCUUUUAUGCUUCAGGAGUCUAUUAUAUUUUUCUUAUGUUCAUUGGCGUAUCUGGUAACUUCUUGGUGAUCUUCUUAUUUAUAAAAUGCAAGGCUCUGAGAACCUCAGCGAAUACUCUUAUUGUCAACUUGGCAAUUAGCGAUGGACUGAUGACUCUUAAAGCGCCCAUAUUUAUCAUCAACUCUUUUUAUCGGGGACCGGCACUUGGAGAUAUAGCUUGUCGCAUUUACGGUUUUUUUGGAGGUCUUACAGGAACAAUAUCAAUAAUAACAUUAAGCGUAAUAUCAUUCGACCGAUAUUUCGUUAUCAAAUACCCUCUUAACAGAAGCUUCUCAGACAUAAGAGUAAAAAUCUGCCUGUUAAUCACCUGGUUAUAUGCAGCUCUCUUCGCCUUCGUUCCUGCUCUAGAUAUUGGAUUUGGAAAAUACACAUACGAGGGAUACCUCACCAGCUGCAGCUUCGACUAUCUGGCAGACGAUCCCAAAAUCAAAAACUUCAUCAUAAUAUUUUUCUUUGCAGCUUGGGUUGUUCCCUUCACCUUAAUCUCUUUCAGCUAUAUUAACAUAUGGAAAGUGGUGUACACCAGGGCCAAGUCUCAGAAAAAAGGCAGGGACUCUUUUAGGCACGUCAAAGAAGAAGACAAGAAGAAACAGGAAGUUAAGUUGGCGUUGAUAGUACUGUCUACUAUUGGAGUGUGGUUUCUUUCUUGGACUCCCUAUGCUGUAGUAGCGUUGCUGGGUGUAACAGGUCACAAAAAUUUGAUAGGUCCUACGACUUCUAUGCUACCAGCGAUGUUUUGCAAAACAGCUAGCUGCAUUAAUGCCUACAUAUAUGCAUUGUCUCAUCCAAAAUUUAAGGGAGAAGUUGAGAAAAUAUGUUUUAUCUCCUUCGGAAAGAAAGAUAAAAAUAAGGUAUGGACAGAAGAUUCUAAAACAGAAAUAACAACAGUAGGCGAAAUAUGCAAACCGGACAAACCUAUCCCAGAGUACCCAGGAUCCACCCAAACUCUAUCCAUGAACGACGUGACAUCCAUUGGUAGUCGGGAGCUGCCCGGUACUCUAAAGAGACAAGGUACUGUUGUCGAAAUGAUUUGCUUAAGACCCUCUUUUAGUAACAAGCCUACGAGUUUUAGAAAGUUAGCGAGACGCUGGUCCUCGAAAGAGAAACAAAAGGAUUUUAGAGAGUUAGAUGACCAUGUUGACGUAGUGAGCGUACUUUUUUGCGAACAAUUUGGAAAAUUCUUUGUUAAAUGCUUGUAUUUUUAGGUGUCGCUUCAGAAUAAAUGAAGGAAGACCAAUGUGGUAAUUUUUCAGUCUGUUAUGUGGAUAAUGCUACAUAAACCGAAAAACCUUUAUGUUUCAUAUAGCGUUAUGAACAAAAACAUCAACAGAUUGUUAUUAAACCAUAGAAGUGGGGUUUAUACAAAAAUGUGACAUCAAAAUGUACCUGUUUAUUUUAACUCACUAUUUUUAAAUUUUAGAAAAUUUCUU